AUGAGAAAAAAUAAUAAAGUUUAGCCUGCCAAUUAAGUUCAGGUGGUUACUUCAAGCCCAGAGAUCUCAUAGAAGGCUUUCACAACAAUACCAGAACAAUAAGGGAAUUAGAAAUAAAUAGAUCCUCGACUUAUUGCUGGACCUUUGGCAGAUAGAGGCUGUACUGAUAUACUUUGUUUACUACUUUUUAUAGCUGGGAUGGCUAUUCUGAUGUAUUUAAUAUAUUGAAAGUAGAGUCAUCUCUAAAGAAGCUUAUUCAAAAGGAGAACCAAACAGACUUCUUGCUAUGUACGAUCCAAAUGGUAAAGAAUGUGAAAUAUUUAAUGAAAGGUGUUGCCUGUGGAUUUGACACAAAUGCGGAUUACCCUUAUUUGUAUUUCGCAAUACCUUUUGGAGAUUACUUCAAUAGAACAGUGUGUGUGAAAGAUUGUCCUUUGUAUGUAGAUGAAAAUAGCAAACCAACUUCUCUGGAUUGUCAACCAAACACAUUAGUUAAGAGUUGUGAUUAGAAAUGCGAUGCCGCUACUGCCCUUAAGAGUUAUGUAUCAUCCAAUGGCACUGGCAUCUUCAAAGACUUCUUGUGUAUCUUCAAUUCAUCAAUCCGUAAAAUAUAAAUAUAAAUUUCAAGUAUUUGAUCGUGUUUGUUAUCCAGAUGCCUUAUUGGCCCUUUUCGACAAUUAUCAGGAUUAUGGCUCUUAAUUUGCCAUGGAUGUCCUUACUGGUUACAUAGAGGAUUUAACAUAAACAAAGGAAGCUAUUUACUGUUCAUUUGCAGUGGCAUUCUUGAUGGGGUAUGCAGAUUAAACUAUAGAAUAGAAUCAUAUAUUUGUUCUUUACGAGAUUGUUGGCUGGAGUAUUGGUUUGGACAUCCAUAUUUCUCUUUUUAGUAGGACUGGGAUUUGGAACCUAUUGGUGUCAUCAACAAGAUCUCUAUUACUAAGGCAUCAUGGAUGACACAACUGGCAAGUACACAGUCGAACAAACCAACAAAGCCUCAGAUAAUUAAUUGACAUUCCAAUAUCUAACAUAUGUCAUGUAUGGUGUAUGUGCUUUUACUGUUAUGGGAUUGAUCUGCAUUUUCAAUAAGAUAAGACUGGCUAUAGCUGUUAUUAAGACUGCAGCCAUGUGUGUGAAGGAUCAUUUCUUAUUAAUAUUUGUUCNUAUACUCUAACAGGUUAUUUACUUUUAAAAUCUAAUAAAUUCAGAGGGAAGAAACAAUUUUACUAUUUAGAAUUCCUUGAAAUUAAUUAGAAUAAAAAAAGGAUUGGAUAUUGCUUAAUAGUGA